GGGGCUUGGUGCAGGCACGUCCCUGGCGCAGGCGCGGUGGCCCGGCGCGGUGGUCCCUGCGGGGCUGGCGUUCGCUGGGACUACGGCGCAAGUGCCUCCUUACGCCGGGGUGUGAUGGAAGGGCUGCUGACAAGAUGCAGAGCGCUGCCUGCCUUGGCCACCUGCAGUCACCAGCUCUCGGGGUAUGUUCCUCACAGGUUUCACCACUGUGCCCCAGGGAGAGGGAAGCGCUUGGUGCUGUCCCGCAUGUUCCAGCCCCAGAACCUUCGGGAAGACCAGGUGCUCUCUCUAGAGGGCAGAUCUGGCGAGCUGACCUGUAAGAGCCAGCGGCUGAUGCUGCAGGUGGGCCUGAUUCACCCGGCAAGCUCCGGCUGUUACCACCUCCUGCCUUAUACCGUCCGUGCCAUGGAGAAGCUUAUGCGGGUGAUAGACCAGGAGAUGCAGGCCAUCGGGGGACAGAAGGUCAACAUGCCCAGCCUCAGCCCAGCAGAGCUCUGGCGAGCCACCAGCCGGUGGGACUCGAUGGGCAAGGAGCUGCUAAAACUUAGAGACAGACACGGCAAGGAGUACUGCUUAGGACCAACUCACGAGGAAGCCAUUACAGCCCUGAUUGCCUCCCAGCAGACACUGUCCUACAAGCAGCUCCCGCUCCUGCUGUACCAGGUGACGAGGAAGUUUCGGGAUGAGCCCAGGCCCCGCUUUGGUCUUCUCCGAGGCCGAGAGUUCUACAUGAAGGACAUGUACACCUUUGACUCCUCCCCUGAGGCCGCCCGGCAGACCUACAGCCUGGUGUGUGAUGCCUACAGCAGCCUCUUUGACAGGCUGGGGCUGCGGUGCGUCAAGGUCCAGGCAGACGUGGGCAGCAUCGGGGGCACGAUGUCUCACGAGUUCCAGCUGCCGGUGGACGUCGGAGAGGACCGGCUUGCAGUCUGUCCCAGCUGCGGCUUUUCGGCCAACAUGGAGACUCUGGACUUGUCACAGACAAACUGCCCUGCAUGCCAGGGGCCACUGACCAAAACCAAAGGCAUCGAGGUUGGGCACACGUUUUACCUGGGCACCAAGUACUCCUCCAUUUUCAGUGCCCAGUUCACCAAUGUCCACGGCAAGCCAUCCCUGGCUGAAAUGGGGUGCUAUGGCUUGGGUGUGACGCGGAUCUUGGCCGCUGUCAUUGAAGCUCUCGCUACAGAAGACUGCAUCCGCUGGCCCAGCCUCCUGGCCCCUUACCAAGUCUGCCUCAUUUCCCCCAAGAAGGGCAGUAAGGAGGAGGCGGCCGCAGAGCUCACAGAGCACCUGUAUGACCACAUCACAGAGGCGGUGCCGCAGCUCCAAGGGGAGGUCCUCCUGGAUGACAGGACCCAUCUGACCAUUGGAAACAGACUGAAAGACGCCAACAAGUUCGGCUACCCCUUUGUGAUCAUCGCGGGCAAGAGGGCCCUGGAUGACCCUGCACAUUUUGAGGUUUGGUGCCAGAACACCGGAGAGGUGGUCUUCCUCACCAGAGAGGGAGUCCUGGAAUUACUGAGCCAAGUGCAGGUUGUCUAAACGCCCCCUGGACCCCUCCCACUGCAUCUCACAGUCUCGGUGUUCAUUCUAACGCUGCCUUUCUUAUACUGCUUUCCAGAGCUGGUCUCCCCAGAAAGAGGGCAGCUCAUGGAAGGUGAGACCAUGUUAGGAAAACCAAUUGUUAUCCAGUCAUCUGUUCGGACUAUUUGUAUUUAAAGUCAUUAUCUUGAUCCCUUUGUCUGGCUGGCCCUGCU